AUGCCUCUUCCUCCUUCUUGCGGUGUAUGUACAGGCCAAGAGUGUCCCGAACUCCACCAGGAGCGCCGCUGCUACCUCACGUCUUGCGCUUCGGACUGUCAAGUGAGCGAGUGGACCGAGUGGUCUGCAUGCGGGGCUUCGUGUGGCGGGGGCCAGCAGACACGCCAGCGCAGCGUCUUGUCUCCCGCUGUAGAAGACGGAGAGCCGUGCCCCGAGCUGCUGGAGACGAGGGAGUGCAACACCUUUUCGUGCGACGGUGGCUGUCACUUGGGCGACUGGAGCGAAUGGACAGAAUGCAGCAAGCCAUGCGAGGGAGGAAGCAAGACCAGAACAAGAACAGUUCACGCCCUCGAGCCAGACACAGACUGUCCCCCCAGCACGCAAACAGCUCCCUGCAAUCUGCAUGACUGUGAAGACGGAGAGCCGUGCCCCGAGCUGUUGGAGACGAGAGAGUGCAACACCUUUUCGUGCGACGGUGGCUGUCACUUGGGCGACUGGAGCGAAUGGACAGAAUGCAGCAAGCCAUGCGAGGGAGGAAGCAAGACCAGAACAAGAACAGUUCACGCCCUCGAUCCAGACACAGACUGUCCCCCCAGCACGCAAACAGCUCCCUGCAAUCUGCACGACUGUGCCAUUGACUGCGUCGCCACUGAGUGGGGCCACUGGUCGCCAUGCAACGUGCCUUGCGGUGUUGGGACCCAGCGAAGGAUGAGGGAAGUGCUGGAGGCUCCCAAGGGGGCUGGAGAACCGUGUCCCCCUCUGGACCAGAUCCGGCCGUGCGACCGCGGCCCCUGCAAGGUGGAUUGCAUCCUUACCAUUGACUGCGUCGCCACUGAGUGGGGCCACUGGUCGCCAUGCAACGUGCCGUGCGGUGUUGGGACCCAGCGGAGGAUGAGGGAAGUGCUGGAGGCUCCCAAGGGGGCUGGAGAACCGUGUCCCCCUCUCGACCAGAUCCGGCCGUGCGACCGCGGCCCCUGCAAGGUGGACUGCAUCCUUAGUGAGUGGUCUGCCUGGACCGAGUGCUCCCACCCCUGCGGCCUGGGCGAGCAGCGGAGAACCCGCCACGUCAUUCAGGUUCCCAGCGAUGCGGGAAGCCCUUGCGGUGCUUUGGAGGAGACGAGGCCCUGCGGCGGCCACUGCGCCCCCAAGUGCAUCCUCAGCGACUGGACGGAGUGGGCGUCCUGCAGCGCCCUGUGUCAGCAGUUAUGGAAUGCUUUGGAGGAGACGAGGCCCUGCGGCGGCCACUGCGCCCCCAAGUGCAUCCUCAGCGACUGGACGGACUGGGCGUCCUGCAGCGCCUUGUGUCAGCAGGUUGGAGCGACAAACCCCACGACGACGCGAAGCCGUGUGGUGCUUCUGGAGGCCCCAGACUGCCCGAACCCUUCUAGCCUGACGGAGUCUGUGCUUUGCUCCUCCCUGGGUUUCCGUUGUGACGUGGGAGCGACAAACCCCACGACGACGCGAAGCCGCGUGGUGCUUCUGGAGGCCCCAGACUGCCCGAACCCCUCUAGCCUGACGGAGUCUGUGCUUUGCUCCUCCCUGGGUUUCCGUUGCGACGUUGACUGUCAAGUGGGGCCUUGGUCUCAGUGGUCUGCCUGCAGCAGGCCGUGCGGGGGCGGCACCCGCCGGCGCACCCGCGAGAUAACGCGCGUGCCGCAGGGGAACGGCAAGGCCUGCGGAGAGCUGGCUGAAGAAGCACCGUGCGCCACGACGCCCUGUGAAGAGAUGGCAGGACAGGCAGUGCCGGAGUGCGUCUGGGGGGAGUGGUCUGAGUACGGCCCCUGCGAUGCCACCUGCGGGGCCGGCCGCCGAAGAUCCACCCGUGUUGUCCUUGCCUUUCCUAAAGACGCCAGCGGCAGAGUGAUGCAGAACCUUUGUACAGACUCCGAACGGUUUGAAGCGUGUCAGGGACCGCCGUGCCGUGACUGCAUGGGGCGCCUGGAGCAGCUGCACCGCCACAUGUGGGGGAGGCCAGCAGCAGCGGCAGCGCUCAGUGGUGAGGCGGGCAGCCAACGGCGGUCGAGAGUGUCCCGUGCUUACGGAGACCCAAGUAUGCGGGUCAUAUCCCUGUCCGACGGACUGCGAGAUGUCCCCUUGGAGCGAGUGGUCUACGUGUUCCGCCCCCUGUGGAGAGGGGCAGAUGUUCCGCUCCCGGCGAAUCACCUCAGCCGCCUCCGUGGAUCCUCCAGGACUGGCCUGUGGCGCCACGCGAGAGGAAGCCGCCUGCUUUUCUCCUGCGGGUCCCUGCCCGUCGGACUGCGAGCUGGGGGAUUGGAGCGAGUGGAGCGACUGCUCCGCUCUAUGCGGCGGCGGCACCCGACAGAGGUUUCGCAGCGUAGAAGCGUUCGAGGUGGGGGGAGGCAGACCCCUGGGGGAUUGGAGCGAGUGGAGCGACUGCUCCGCUCUAUGCGGCGGCGGCACCCGACAGAGGUUUCGUAG